UCCUCAAAUUACAAUACGGUCCCACCAGCAACCAUACAGAUGUCAAAGUGGAUGCAACUUUAGUCCUAACCAUUCCCACCUCGUCUCUCUCUCUUUCUCUCUCUCUCUCAGCUGUUCAUCGUUCCCAAUUCCCAACCUAUAAAUCCUCUCUCUCUCCCCGCCGUUCAAUGGGUUCUUCCCACCUUACCUGAUAGGCUGAUACCCCAAUUUCAGACAGUCUCCUUCCAUUUUCACUCCGCUUUCAAACUUUCUCGCCUAUUUUCUCAUUUUUAGGUUUUUCUCUUCCAAUCCAUAAAAUCAAAUAAUGGGGAAAAAUCAACAAUACAAAGCUAUGCAGAGAGCGCGGUUGGGUGCCAGCUCAACCGGCCACGAUGACGUUGAGGACGGCAUGGUGGAUGGUUCUUUUCAUUCACCAGAGUGGCAUGCUGCUCGUUUGGCCAGCCUCAACACUUCUCACACAGUUACCUGGGAGGAGUACAAAAAGAAGCAAAAGGAGGAUGAAAUGAGGAAAGGUGAGUUAGAAGCAGAUAAAGAUAAAAUGAUGAGGGAGUACAGGGCUCAGCUAGAUGCUGAAAGGGCUAUCAAGCUUUCCAAAGGACGGAAUCACUCGAGCAGUAAAUCUAGUCGCAAAAAGGAUAAGGAGAAGGAUAUGAAAAAACGCAGCAGCAAAAAGAAAAAGCGUUCGAGGCGAUCGUCUGACUCUAGCUCUGCUAGUUCCUCCGACGAAUCCUCGAGCAGUGAGGAUGAGGAGAGAGAAUCAAGAAAAUCGAAAUCAAGGUCCAAGAAAAGGAAGAAGGAAAGGAAACACAGGUCAAGAUCCAAGCACUCUGGGAGUGAUGAUGAUGAGACUGGUGGAGGACCUUUGCCACUUUCGAGAUUCUUCGGCAACUUGAAGAGCUGACAAUCUUUUCUCGAGGACGGUGUGUUUUUCCUUCUUCCUAAUAUGUAGACGAGGUGGAUUCUUCCUAAUUCCUUCUCUCAAUCGGUUUCAUGGUUUAUUCCUUCUGAGUUUGAUCAACUCUGUGAUGUUACAGUUUAUUAUUGCUUUCAAGAAAAUAGAAUUCCCUUUUCGUGUCGCAUUCUAGUACUUUGGGAAAUUGUAGAAGCUCAAACGAAUUCUUUA